CCAUCUCCUGGUGGAAUUGACAAGACGGUCGACUUCUCGGAGUCGUAGUAUGGUGCAGGACAGAUCAAGGGCAGGAUUUCCUAGCAGAGAUUGUCAAAUUCCGAGGUGGAGAAGUAGAUGUGAUAUGUUUGGGAAUUUAUGCUCGGGGCAUUUCAUGGGAGCAGCAUCAUCGGUAACAGUGGCCUUGUAGGAAGACUGAGCAUUCAGUGCUGCCUAAAGCCUUGGCCGAAACGAUGAGAUGAGAUGAUGGGAGUGGAGAAUCUUGAAAGGAUUCUCAACUCUUCAUCUGAUCGCCAUGAGGACUGUUCACAAGCUUGGAUGGGCGUGCGUAUCCUUCUUCGCGUACAUUACGCUCAUGCCAUCUCUGACCAUUAUAUUCAUGAACCAAUUGCCUCGAGAUUCACCCUUCAUACUCUCCGAUGGAGAUAAAGUCACAUGUACUCCCUUCAGAGAUUUGUAUCCUGCAGCGACCUGGCACAUCGGUCCCUCCAUGGGUUUCAGGGAUUCGGAAGAAGAAGGGGACUUGUCUUCCACCCGAGAUUCUUCCAUCAAACAAGCUCAGCAGGUUUUGAAAGUUGAAAAGCGCUCCUGUGGCACUGGUCGAGUGCCAACUCGCAGGCCAACAGGGAAGCCUUCUCUCACGAUCAGACCUGGUAGAAAGGCUUACAUGAGAAGAAAUCUCCCGAACCCCACGCAAUCUGAUUCGAAUGCUUUGUGGCCAGAAGACCACAAUGGUCAUAAGUACGCCGUAGCGAGCAUAGCUGGUCCUUACACUGGGACUCAAGGUCGGUUGAAUGUAUGGCAGCCCUAUGUAGAGGACGAAGAGUUUAGUUUGGCACAAGUCUGGGUUGCGUCGAUAGACAAACAUGGUUUUAGCCAUUCCUUAGAAGCGGGCUGGCAAAUAUACAAGGAUCUUUACGCUGAUAAAAGGCCUCGACUUUUUACAUUCUGGACUACCGAUAACUAUACCAGCUCAGGGUGUUAUAAUCUAGAGUGCCCCGGAUUUGUGCAGACCAGCAAUAAGGUGCUUCUUGGAGGAUCUUUCGCAGCCGUGUCCACGAUGGACUCGACUCAGUUUGAGAUCAAGAUUGGGAUUUUCCUAGAUAAAUCAUCGGGAAAUUGGUGGUUGCGGCUGAAUGAUGAAUUUGUUGGUUACUGGCCUAAACUACUCUUAGGUCCAGGUGCCUUCAACUUCACGAGCGGAAGUACCACUAGAGUUGAUUGGGGAGGAGAAAUUUGGCACCAGCCUGGUCAUUACACCUCUACACAAAUGGGAAGUGGCCAGCAUCCAUCUCUCGCUGGAUUCCGAAAGGCUGCCUACGUGAGAAACAUGGAAGUUAUCACUCGUGACAAGGGACUCCAUCGGGUGUCCGACCCUCAUUCCAUCUCCUCAUAUCCUAGAUGCUGUCACGUGGUUGCUUAUAAUCACACGAUAGUCUCCAAACCCGACUGGGGAACACACGUUUUUUUUGGUGGGCCCGGAUUCACCAAAGAUUGCUCUACAGAUCAAGUUCAUGGAUCCGCGGGGUAAUGAAACUAGUGGCAGUUAUGAUCCAGGACCGUAAUUCUUUUGUCCGUCAAUAGGUGGACGAAAAAUCAACUUGGCUCAUAUUCAUACAUUGAUGCUGAUUGUCGUCUCGUGUUAGAAACGAACAUAGAAUCUCUAGAGCAAUUUAGUAAAUCUAAGGUAGAUUGCUCCAGUAUUUAAACAGACCUAUUAUGCAUAUAAUGUGUUAACAAAUUUCAUCCCUCAUUC